AUGGCACCACCAUUAUUCAUGUUAGUUAUUCCGACGAGAUAUAGGGAUAUUAUGAAUACAAGUAGUGUUCAAAAAGAUAGAGCUGCAAUUGAGCAACUGCGCAGAGAGGCUACGAUAAAACGUAUACCAGUUUCAGUUGCUGUAGCAGAUAUCAUUCGCUUUAAAAGCGAACACCAUCAAGAGGAUUGCCUUCUCGUUGGGUUUACCAAUCAAAAAGUUAAUCCAUUCCGUGAAAAAAGUUCAUGGACAGUUUUGUAA